AUGAUUUGGCGAUCCCUUUGGGCAGUUCGUGAAGCUGGCGGCGCAGCGGAUGUUGCGGUGGUGGUUGCUGCCGUUCCCGACAUCUUCGAGGAUGCGGACUUGCGCAAAGCUGCGAUUGCCUGUGCUUUGGACGCUGCGGUUGCCAGCUUGAAAGGAGUGACAGUGUCCGGUCUCACUUCUUCCAUGCAGCAUUGCCUUCUUGCGGCAGUGUUGGAAGAUCGCGUGGAUCAGCGGGCAGGUUGGUGGCGUCUCGCUGGUUGUUCUGAGCGAACGGACCCUGCGGAUGUCGCUCGCCGGCUUUGGUAUCUGGCCAACCUCGAGGCGGAGCCGCGAGCGGCGGACACGGACGGGUACGAGGCUGUCUUGAGCGUGAUCCAGCAGAAGUUUCAUACCCGCAAGUUCGAUCAGGGCGACAAGACCUUUCUUCGGGCGCUGAUGCGUCGUUACGGCUGGGAGCGACGAACGUCGGCGAGCACAGCAUGCUGCUGGUUCCAGACUUUCAGCGAAGUUCGGAAGGCUGAAGACUGGUCGGAAAUUGCUUGGUUCCUGGUAACCGAGCUCUUGCACCCGCUGGCUAGCAUCGGCGUGCGCGACCUGCAUAACCCCAUCGCGGUGUCGGAAGCUAGGUCCAGCGAGCAAGGCAUAGACCGGGUAGCGGUCUCUUUGCGGGAUGAUCUUCUCGGCUGGCAAACGGAGGAAGGGUGUUGCCGUCUGCCUUCCGUGCAGGAGAAUCCAGACUUGGUCAAGCGCGUGGAAAGGUAUUACACGGAUCAUGCCACCAAGAGGGCGGAGGCCAUGAGAAAGGCUUACCCCCCGGACUUCGAGCCGUUGUCUGCAGUUGCACUCGAUUGCCUCGGAAGCGGCCCGGAUGCACAACACGGUAUUCUCUGGCGUUCUGCUGCAGAGCGGGCCUUGCUGUUUGCCAUCCCUGGCUGGUGCGAGGGCCGGCGCAACAAGCAGUGUUUCUUGCCCGUGGAAGAUAUGCUGAAGCUUUCAGACGAGGUGGUUCGCAAAGCGCUGGAGUUUUUGCGAGACCCCGAAGCAUCUCUGACUCGGAAGCUGGAGAAUGUCGCCGCGUGGCUGGAUUGCUCUCCGAGUUUGCCUGGUGUGUGCGAAGCAGUGUCUUGUCGCCUGCUCUGUCCUUGCUCGGACGAUCCAUCGGUGAUUUCCGAACGGUACUGCUGCCGCUUGUGUGUCUUCAGUUGCCAGAACUUGGGGGAUCUGAAGCAGCACAUUGUCAGCAGUCACUGUGUGCGGCCUCUCGACGCGGAGCUGGCUUUCGUUGAAUACCGUAAGAAAAUCUUGGCGAUGGUGGAGCACGCCGGUCCCAUGGUGCCUGGGAUGAGUCGCCAGCGCGCAAUCGCCGCAAAUUUCGACCAGCAGCUGCGCUGCCCUGUCGGAAUGGAUGGCGGCCGAGCGGAAGGAGGCUGCGUGGUGUGCGCUCGCCGCUUCUGGCUCAGCGAGCUGUACCCGAUGGUCCUGUUUCAGAGUCCGGAGGCGGAUUUGUCUACUAUCGAGGUGCCGUCCGGAGAGUUUCUGCUGUUGCAUCGACGGCGCAUGCCCGCAUCUUCCGUGGAUCCGUGCCCGGUUUGCCGAAACUGUCGCCUGAGUCUGAAGAGCUCGAUUCUCACGCUUCCGAGACAUGCGCUGGCCAACGAUCUUUGGAUGGGACGUGUUUUGCCCGAGCUUUCCAAUCUGUCCCCCGGAACAAAGCGGUUGCUUCCGAUCGUACGGGUCUGCAUGCAGGUGACUGUCCUGCAACCCUUGUCGCUGCCGCGAGAUGAGAGACAGAAGGGAUAUAUCGGCAACACGAUUUUCUUGCCUCAGGCUGGUCCUGGCGCCAUCCAGGCUACGUUGCCUCCCAAAGACCAGGACAUGGCCGAGAACAUUUUGUUCGUUUUGGUGGGGCAGAAGAAAGAGGAUCUCAUUAAGUCCAGCAAGCUCCUGCAAGCUCCCAGGGGGGAAUACGUUGCGGCUGUGGAGAGCUACCUGGCCCGCGAACUAUUGCAAAAGGGGCCCGCCGACGCGCAAGGCCAAGCUGAGGAGGAGGAGGAGGGGCAGGACGAGCGGCGUCCGGAGCACGGCGCCGGCAGCUCGGAGGACGCCGUCUUGCGAAUUCCAGCUGCUGGUGCCGGCCGCUCGGAUGACGCCGUCUUGCGAAAUCCAGAUGUUCAAUCGGACUCGGGUCAUUUGGUGUCCAGCAUCGUCGGAUUGAACGACGAUUCAGACGACGGCAAUCGCUGGCUGCGAAUGUGCCGCGACGUAGAAGACUUGUGUCGUCGCAAGCCUGUGCAGCAAUACUACACGGACGCAGAAUCCGUCCUUCGCAACCGGGCCCAAAACGAUUUGGAGCAUGAUCGAUCGCCCGCCGUGGGCUUGUUGGGGCGCGAGGGAGCUCAAGAGCGGCUCGUGCUGCGCCGUGUUCAAAGGGUGCAAUCGCUGGCUAAGGGCGUGGAGCAGGAGCGAAGAGCUCAGGGGCAGAUGUUCGAGGUGCGGCCGCAAAAGCUCGUGGUGCCUAGUCGUGACGAGCCGAUGAACAUGUUCCAGCCGGCGACAUGGGCCAUGGCGUUUCCGGAGCUUUUCCCUUGGGGCGACGGCGUGCCGUUUGUCAAGCGGGAGACUAGCAUGGAGGCGGGCGAGGUAUUUCGGUAUUUGCUGCUUCGAGAGGAGCUGGUCUAUGGCGAGAGCGAUGCCCCGCCGAGCAGCUCUUGCCCGUCAUAUACGAUGUCAACCGCAGCUAUGGCGUUGCACGGGGAGAAGGCCGACAUUCGUGAGUUGUUGCGCUCGUCGGAGGUGGAUGUCUCACUGAAGCGGGCGCUUGGCAGUGUGCUGCAGGUCGGCGCGAGUGUCUUGGGCACGGAAGGCCACCGCAGUCAAAUUCGACUUCGCGGCCACGCGGCUGGCUGGCACUAUGGCACCUCGCACGUCUUCGUGACGCCGAAUCUGGCGGAUUCUCGUGCUUCUUUGCUGCUGCAGCUGCACAUGCAGGGUCUGGAUGGGAAGGUGGAAAACUACGACGUGGAUUUGCGAUGGGACUUGGAGGAUCCCGUGCUGCCGUCGUUGGCCGCAAUGCGGCGCGUGCUGGCAGCUGAUCCCGUGUCGCAGGCCAGGUUUUUCGACCUCAUGAUGACCUUGUUCUUGGAAGAGGUGUUGGGAACAUUGCCAGCCUUUACCCGAGCCAGUUUUCGGGCAGGUAAGGCUCAAGUCUACGAAGAUGGUUUCGCGGCGUCGACUUUCCCAGGUUGUUUCGGGGACAUUGCCGCCUUCUGCGGACCUCUGGAGACUCAAGCUGCAAGCCGGAUUCGAUACGACAGUCAGCUUGGCUUGGCCGCCCAGCUCUCGGUAGAAGCCGCGCCUCUUCCUCUCGGCGAACGUCAGCGGGAGUCUGCGGGCAAUCAGUAUGCCGAGACUCAGCUGGGGCCGAAGGAGUCGGACGGGCAUGAGCUAGCGACGACGGAGAGUAUCGAGCAUGUGCCCUUGCAGUUGACAGGCUGCUAUAAUUCGCUUCGACCGGCUUAUCUUCGGCGUGGGCGGAAUGGAGAUCCACUGCCUGGCUCCGAGUGGUCGCAGCAGCUGUGCAAGGACUAUCGGCGUCUGGUCAUUCAAAACCACUUUCACAAGUGCACGAAGUCUUGCUUCAAGAAGAAGUCUUCCAGGGGCAAGCGUGGAUGUCGCUUCGGGUGCUUUCACUUGGAGCUGAUGACCGAGACGAAGGACGAUGGUGAGGAGAAGGCUUGCAUGAGAUGUAACGUGGACGUGAAGUAUCUUGGGCGAAGUCUUUGUAGUGGUGAUCUGGAAAUGUUGAUGGCCCAGGGUGAGCACAAGUGUCUGGACGCAUGCCUGCAGCGGCUGAUUGUUGACAUGUUUCGAGACAUGCAGGACAACAUGGCCUUGGAUGUUCAAUUCUAUACCGGAGAGUAUGCCGCGAAGAAGUUCGAGAUAUCGCGGUCAUUGCUACCAGAACUUUUUGCCGGAAUCCAACGCUUGGAACAGGAAGAAACCGAACGCCGGCGUCAAGAGUCGGAGAAUGCUGCGGAGGCUGCCCCAGCUGAGCCUGGUGUGCGGUCGCAAGCUACGCAACUUCGCGCGUUGAGUGUCCUGCGUCGUUUGGCGUUCGGCAUGCAGCGUUGCGUUGCGAAGUCCAACGGCGAGAUGGCGUAUCAACUGUUGUUUCAGCAGGAACAACUCGUGAGCUACAGCGGGUACAACAUGUUCUUCCGUUUCGUCCCCUACGCGAUGAUGAAGGCUCGCCAGGUGGCGCUGGAAGCCUUUUCCGAAAGCUGGCCUGACUUGCGUGUUGUUGCAUUGGAGACCGAGCAGAACCCGGAAGGCUGUGAGGUCCCGUUGCAGGAGGUGGCGGAUGUAGUCGAAGACACUGGCGUCGGGGACCCUGUCGGCAAGGGUCGCCAACAGUCGCAGGUGGUGUCCUACAAUCAGAAGGACGACUACGUGCAUCGCGGCCCCAGCGCCGUAUUGGCUUGCAUGUCCCUGGUAAACUACUCGCGCUACGUGCGGCGUGAGCUUCGAGUUGCUGAUGACAACGUCGUGGUGCCGAUGGAUUUACAAUGGCCUGCAGCUGGCGAGCAGGAGAAGCUGGCUUGUUGCAUGCUGGGGCUUUCUUAUCCGUUUCCUCGCUGUUCCGGUGCUUCACAUUGCGUCGAAUCUUGGAAGUGUUUCGAGUGCCACGUGUUGGAGCCGCGAAAGGAAGAAGGUUUCGUGCGAUGCCGGUUUUCACCAAUGUGGCGGCACUGGCGCGCCUGCAUGAAGCUGCGCAAAGCUUCUGCGCAGGAGAGGCUUUUGGCCGGUGUAGCCCUUCCGUAUGUGAGGGAUCUCAUCGGUGUCCGAGAGUGGUUUCCGACGCCCGUGGAUGGCCAAGCUGAGGAGGAGGACGAGCAGGACGAGCGGUGUCCAGAGCACGGCGCCGGCAGCUCGGAGGACGCCGUCUUGCGAAUUCCAGCUGCUGGUGCCGGCAGCUCGGAUGACGCCGUCUUGCGAGAUCCGCCUACCGAGCCGGACCCCGGCCACUUCGCAUACUUCCUCAUGUGGUGUUGGGGCAAGAUGUUUUCCGAUCGCAGCAGUGCUUCUCACGAUCUUCCGCGAGUUCACGAACGAAUUUGUUGCUUUUUGGGCAUUCCCUGUGGAUUUCACUAUACUCAACUCACUGCCCUGGAGCAUAUGUGUCACGUGCAAGAUACCUGGCUGGAGCGACUAUCUUUACAUCAUUCGGCGAGACAGACGAGCAGCAGCCAGCGCAGAGCGGACCGCUUUGCGUACGUAUCCAAAGCGGACGAAGAUGGCGAGGAGGACGAUGCAGGGCCCGUGGACAUCGAGGGUGACGGCGUCCCGGACGACCUCGAGCACCAAGAUGCCAUCGAGCGCACUGAAUGCGCCGAGUACGCUGUGUCCAUGGAUGCCCUGGCGGAAGUUUUGUUCCGCGACAAGGAGUGGAAGAGUGCAAUGUCGGGACGUGCGAGCAAAACCAAGGAGGCGUUGCAAUGCUUGAAGCUCGUCGUGGACGGUCUCGGCGGCUUGCCAGACGUUCAGGCGGCACCUUCCGGUCCAACUGUCGGUGCUGCUGGCAUUCGGAGAAUCUGGGCGCAGGGCGACGCCCAAGCGGCCUUCGACCAGCAGCGUCGUUACCUGGAUAAGGCUGAUGGUAAGCGCCAGGAGCGCGUCAAUUGUCUGUGGCUGGGAGCAGGAGGGAGCGGGAAAACAUGGGCGUACACCCAAGUUGUACGGCCGGUCUUUCGCCGCUUCUUCGGCGAAGAUGGGUUCGUGGCGGGCGCGCCCACGCACGCUGCCGUGCGACUGCUAGGACGAGAAGCACGCACGCUGCACAAGCUGGCUAACGUCAAUCCCGGCGGCGGCCUGGACCGUCGGACUCUUCGGGCACAGAAAGCCAGACAAGACGCCCUGGAGAGGUACAGUAGUUUCGCGGAUGGGCUAACUUAUCGUGGUAAUUUGGAACGCAAGGUCUUCGACGAAAUGUCCAUGACUCCGUCUGAUGUUUAUCAUGCUGCCGGCUAUCGCUUUGCCUUGCAGCGCGCCGACACAUUGGAACUGGACCCUUCUCGUUACCUGCAGGAGAGCAAUGCAUCGGAGCUGGGACGCUUGCUUUUCAAGAAUUCUGUGCGCAUCGUGGUCCAUUUCACGGGGACCGGACGGUUUUCAUCCUGCGCAUCCGGGCAGUCCUUGGUCCGCAUUCUCGGACACAUGCGGCAAGGCACCAGCUUGUCUGAUGCUCUCUGGCGAGAGCUGCAAUCUCGAGUGUUACAGCCGGACACCUUGUCGACCGUCAACGGCAGAGAAGAGUUCUUCUCGGCCUACUGGGGCGGUAUGGCUUGGGAGCAAGUGGGUAGACUGCAGCAUCUGCGGUCUACUUUGGAAGCUCGCGCGGCACAGGAGCAACUUUACUUCGUGCAGGCGAUCGACAAGCCCGCGGGAGGUCGCAGUCUUACGCCGGAAGAAGCUAGCGCUGCGCUCAGAACAGUCAACAUGACGAAGACGGGAUACCUGAUGGGCAUGUGCCCGUUAUUCGUUGGCAUGAAGGUCCGCAUCUCGUGCAUUUUACCCGAGACACUUCUCAGCAGGGAGUUGCCUUGCAUCGUUCGACGCGUUGAGCUGCAUCCGAAGGAGCCCGUGGUGGAGAGCAGUGCAGCUUGUGUCGUGCUGCGUUACCAGCCACUCGGCGUGCUUGUGGAAGUGGACGAUAAGGAAUACUCGCAACUACAGCUGCCUGGCGCGUGCGACGUUCCCAAAGGCCACUUCUUCGUGCGGCCGGUGUGCGAAAGCAAUGGCUUUCUGGUCCAGGUUGGCAAGGACUCGAAAUUCAGAGUCAUGCGCAAGCAGGCGCGCCAUCGUCCGUGUUUGUAG